AACAUUCCUCGCCGGCGGAACCUAAUAGGUUUAUCGAUUAUUCCCUAGAAAGGGAGAGAGAGAUGCCGAAGGGGAAGAAGAGAGCGAGGUCCGGACCCGGAUCCACAACCCACCCGAGAAACAAGUACUCUGAUAGCCCCCCCGAUUUCGCCUUGCUAGCGUCCCUCUACCCUUCUUUCAAGCCCUAUGUUUUCUUCUCCGGCACUCGACCCAGGAUCGACUGGGCGGACUACAACGCGACCAGGGAACUCACUCGUAUCCUCCUCCUUCAUGACCAUGGCGUCAAUUGGUGGAUUCCGGAUGGCCAGCUCUGCCCAACUGUCCCCAAUAGAUUGAACUAUAUCCAUUGGAUUGACCAUCUUUUGUCGUCCAAUAUUAUUCAAAACCCGGGUGGAAAUGGAGGUGACAUAAGGGGAUUCGAUAUAGGAACUGGAGCGAAUUGCAUUUACCCUCUUCUUGGUGCAUCUCUUUUCGGCUGGGGUUUUGUUGGUUCAGAUGUAACUGACGUAGCUAUAGAAUGGGCAGAGAAGAAUGUCAAAAGUAAUCCCCCUCAUAUUUCAGACUUAAUCGAGAUCAGACAGGUCGAAAUUCAUAAAGAGAGUUCCUUGGAUAAUGAGUCCAGGGAUCUGGACACCGAGAAUACAGAGAGUGGGAUGAACUCUUACAGAACCAGACCCGAAGAAGCUGAGUUGGCACCCUCAUCUAUGUCUUAUUGUCCUGCAAGUGCCAACAAGAGCUAUAGUGGGCCGCCUAUACUUGUUGAAGUUGUCAGGGAAAAUGAGACGUUUGACUUCUGUAUGUGCAACCCUCCUUUUUUCGAGACCCUUGAAGAAGCAGGUCUUAAUCCUAAAACUUCAUGUGGUGGGACUCCGGAGGAGAUGGUUUGUGAAGGUGGAGAGAAAGCUUUUGUAACCCGUAUGAUCGAGGAUAGCGUUGUAUUGAAGCAAAGAUUCAGGUGGUACACCACAAUGCUGGGGAAGAAAGUUAACCUGAAAAUCUUGAUGUCAAAGCUUCGCGAAGUGGGAGCCACAAUUGUGAAAACGACUGAAUUCGUGCAAGGCCGAACAUCUCGUUGGGGCCUCGCAUGGUCAUUCAUGCCCCCUGUUAGGAAGAUUGUUGUACCAUCUGUAUCCGCAAAGCACACCUUUUCUUUUAUGCUUGAGGGAAUUAAAAGGCAAUACAGUGCAGUACACGUGUUGGAAUCAAUCGAGGAAUUCUUCAAGAGCUGCGGUGCCUCAUGUAAACCAAACUCUUCUACAUUUUCUGUUGACAUCGUUGCAUCCAAUGACCAAUGCAUUUCAAUUUUAAAGAAUGGUGUGAGAAAUCUGGAUAGUGUUUCCAGCCGUGAACAUGAUGAAAUACAUACUCUUGAUGGCUCUGGUUCGCCAGUCUCUUCCGCUAACUUAUCUUUCCGCAUCUCGGUGUUUCAGCAAAUCCCUGGAACGCUGCUUCUUAAAGGAUCGUUGCAGCAGAAAGAUAGCCCGCUUUCGGGAUUUUUUUCUGUGCUUUUUGGGUCACUGGAAGAAAGUUUAAAGUCCAAAUUUUGCCAGUAACUCAGGUUUCAUUUAUAGUGUUCAGACAUGGAGAAUCUCGUCAGAUGGAUAUAAGUCCAUGCAGAUACUGGCCACAUCUCAAACCUUCCUUUCAGCUCUUGCAUAUGUGAGCCCGAUGCAGGCUUCUACAAAAUCU